UCUAUAUAAACCUACGGAUCCUCCAGCCGAAAUACCAUUCCUCAUACCACCAUGAAGACCGUGCUCGCCUUGCUCGUCCUGACCGCGUUCACCCAAGCCGCCAAGUUUCCACCCAAUUUCAAAAAAUGCAACCGCCGAGACCCGGACGCAGACAAAUGCUAUUUGGAAGCCGCCCAGAUCGGAAUCCACGAAGCCACUAAAUACUACUCCCAAAUCGGGCUAGCCAGCUUAGCACCCCUAGAAAUCACCGAACUGAAAAUAGGAGCUGGGUCCCAAGGCGUGGUAAACGUGGACCAAAAUUUCAAAAAUUGUAAGUUGUAUGGGAUCGACGACGUCAAACUGAGCGAGUUUGGGUUUGAUUUUGAGGAGAAGGCGCUCCAUGGUAGAGGGGUGCUUCCAGAAAUUAAGAUGUUGUGCGAGUACGAGCUGAACGGGAGGAUUUUGCUUUUGCCCAUUGUGGGAACAGGACCCAGCACUAUUAUUUUGAAAAAUAUAAAUGUGACGGCCCGUUUUGACUACAACGAGGUUCCAAAGAAUGGGAAAACGUACUUCAGUUUUAUUUCCAAUAAGCUGACGUUGGAUCCGGAGUUUGUUUCGUUUAAUUUUGAGAAUUUGUUCAAUGGGGAUAAGCAACUAGGGGACAAUAUUAAUAAAGUCCUGAAUGAGAAUUUCAAGGAAGUGUUUGCUGAUGUUCAACCAGGAUACGAAAAAGGCCUGGGUUUAGUGCUACAACAAAUUAUUAAUAAUUUGUUUUCGAAAGUCUCGGCGGAAGAGGCUUUGGAUUAAUUAAGACUUACUACGAAGUAUUAUGUACAUAUUUUUUUUAAUAAAAAUUUAAAAAUAAAA